UUUUAUACGCUGCCCCAAAUUAUGUCGUGUCUAAACAUUCGUACACAAAACCUUUGUACACAUACAAUACCUACUUCAUAUUAUAUACAAAUACGGAGUGACACAGGUCAUGAAACACGAACACCCCUGUAGUCUCGUUAAACUUUUCUUAUCGUAACAAUAUUUUCAAAAAACAUUUUUUUUAACGCAGUGGUAAUUUUUUUAUGAUUUAAAAAUAUUAUGUUACAAAAAAUUUCAUGGAAGGCAAUUCGUAUCGUAGAUCAUAUACAAGUAUAUUAUCUAAGGAAUAGAUGCUGGUGUGUGAUAAUACUAUCUUAAAUCGUGUUCCAAAUAAAAUAUCAUUUAUCAGUGUUUUUAAUUUUUUUAAUUUUUUUAUACUUAUCAAAAUAUGUGUUCUCUUUUGAAUCAAAAACAAUAAUUAUUAAUUUUCUUAUCUAUAUAGUAUAUCGAAUAUACCAGUAGAUUAUUAUUAAUUUUUUUUACUGUAACAAUGUAAGAUGUAUAAAUUUUCUACCAAAAUAUAUUAUACUUAUUUGGAAUUCAAAAUGUGUUGUUGAAAAGUGGUAUUCAAAAUAUGUAUGUAAGGUAGGAUUGUGGUGGGUGUAGGGGGCAAAGGACCCCACGGGUUUGUGUUGAGUAAUUACGACCAUGAGACGCAGUUUUUAAAUCGUUGGAUUGUGCUCCUCUAGUUAAUUUUUUCCAAUUCGAGCACUGAUUAUGGUCGAACGUCGUUUUCGCAGAGUUUCGAGUCCGAAUUACCGCCAGGACGUGGAGAAUGCUAGACAGAGCGCCACCGAAUUGGCGAGAGCAAAGGCUGCACUCAGAUCGCGACCGACGACGUUUCCCGAGCCCCAUGACCCGGCUGGGAUAUUGAGGUUUGCGCUGUGCAAAAUCAACCACGCCGAACAGUGCGCGGAGGUGGCGAUCGGCGACGGGGCUGAUGACAUGUGCUGUGGAUGCUGCAGAGGAGAUGCGGCCGAAAUGCCGGGCUGCGGAGGGGAGGCGGCCGAAAUUCCGGGCUGCGGGAGCUGUAGGGGUGAAGCGGCGGUGUGCAUCGCCGAAGCUCUGUACGUGUUGAGCUUUCGAGAGGCCGAUGUGAUGUUGGCGCACGCCAAACGCAUACUGCCGGCGGAAACUUACGGUCUGGUGUGCGACAAGUACGCCGAACUCAGGAAAAAUGACCGUCGAUAAUUAAUAAGUAGUAAAAAUGUCGCAGUAAAAGAGUAAUAAUAAUACGUACGCCGCUGAAAUUCUAUGCACUGUAUGAUGCCUUCUGUUCUAUAUUAUAUUACGAAUAUAUUUUUACUCGGUACUUGAGGUAGCUGUUAUCGCCCUGCUACAUACGACAUACCAUUAGUUAUAAUAAUAAAUCGUUCCCAUAAUAUAUUUAUUUUUA